AUUUGAGGUCAAAGAUGGCUUCACUUGAUCGUGAGUGAUUAAUGAUGUUGUUUGGAGAUAUGAUGAACCUCCCUGACAUGUUCUUUCCUUUAAUUCAUCAGGUAUGGCCAUUCGUGGCGUACGAUCAUUUGACGAAAAGAGAAUCAACGCUAUUCAAUUCUUCUCGCCAUUGACUGUGAUCGUAGGAACAAAUGGUAGCGGUAAAACUAUGGCCACAGCGAAUGAGGUAAAGGCACAAAUCCGUUUGCGAUUCUACAAUACAAAUAAGGUUCGCAUCAAUUGCAUUCGCAAUCUGCAGGUGACGAGAAAGAAAGGCGGUGGCCUGACAAUGAAAACGCUUGAAGCGAUUUUGCAGACUGAAGACACUCAACGAGGUGAAAAUCGUCGUACGACAUUGUCGACUAAAUGCGCUGAAGUUGAUGAGGAAGUACCUGCAAGCUUGGGUGUCUCAAGAGCCAUUUUGGAUAAUGUGAUCUUUUGUCAUCAAGAAGACAAUAAUUGGCCUCUCGGAGAGCCAUCGAGUUUAAAGAAGCGUUUCGACGAUAUUUUUGAGGCAACAAGAUACACCAAAGCUCUAGAUAAUAUUAAGGCUCUUCGCAAGGAGCGCGGUAUUUCUCUCAAAGUGGGCAAAGCAGAAUUGGAAGGUCUCAAAGUGGACAGACAACGAGCUGAUGCGGUUAAGGACAAAAUCAAAAAGAUGGAAGCCGAAUUGCUGGACAAAGAAGAUCGCUUGGAAGCAUUGAAUGUUGAAAUUGAAGAGCUGACGCUGUAUAACAAGGAGCUGUAUGACAAGGCGGUCAAAUUCCGUGAGACAGUCGUUCAAGCGGAGAGUUUGGAAGAACGCAAACAGAUCAGAGAGGGCAAUUUGAAAGCCUUGAAAGAUGCAAUGACUGAGUUGCACGAAGACGAGUCGGAAUUGGAACGUCGAAAGAACGGUUUCAAGAGCCACCUGGAAGAUUUAAAGCGAAAGCAAGAUGAACUCAAGCGCCAAAUUGCAUCCAAGAAAAGCGACCUUGCUGAUGUGGAUCGAUCAUACAGUAAGCGUCUUAGCGAAAAAGGUGCGCUUGAAAGUGAAAAGAAGCAUCACGAACGGGCAGUGCGCUCGAGACAAGAGACAAUUCAACAGAUCAGUACGCAAUUGGGUAUGCGUGGCUAUGAUGCCGAAUCUCUGACGGACGAAAGCAUUCAAGAAUUCUCAGAGCAAGUUGAAGAUGAUCUCCGUCGAUUGAAGCGAGAUUUUGAACAGGUGAAAUCGGAAGACAGCUCAAAAGAAGAUGAUUUGAGUAGACGCUACCAAGAUUUGCGUGGGAUGUUACGUGCCAAAGAAUCAAGUCGAUCAACAUUGACGGAAGACAUGAAGAAGCUUCGUGAUAAGAUCAAAAAGAUGCAAAACGAGAUCGAAAGUACGCCUUCUGCUCAAAUCGACAUCGACGCAGCAAAGAAGGAGCACACAUCCCAAAAGGCUCGUUUGGAAGAAUUGAGCAAAGAACAGAUGGAAGCUAGACAUGAUGCGAAGAUCGCAGAGAAGAAUUCCGAAAUUCGCGAGAUGGAUGAUCGUCGUGAGACGUUGACAACCGAGUUGAAUACUCUUAAUCGUCAGGCAGAUUUCCGAGCCAAAUUCGAUAUGAACGAGAAAGCGGCUGAGCAGAAAAAGGCCAGCAUUGAAUCUCUCCUCUCUCGCAAUGUUGACAUGCUCACAAAGUAUGUCGGUGGACCUUCUUCUGCAGAGAAAGUGGAAGAAGACGUUUUGAAAGCCAUCUCAGAAAAGGAAGAAGAGAAUGCGCUGUACGAGGCUGAAUCCCAAGAAGUCACUCGACGUCAUCAGCAGGUCGAAUCCAAUCUGGCAUUUGCGCGUACUCAAUUGAAGGAGAAGCAACAGCAAGCCAAGUCGAUCGAAGAACAAAUCAAUCGAGCCCUUGAAGGAGAAUAUUCAACCUUGGACGAAGCAUUGAAGCAAUGUCAAGUAGAAAUCGAUUAUUCAAAAGAACAUAUCUCCAUAUUUGAAUCCAUGUCAACCUUUCUCAAGAAUCUUAGUUCAUCAGUGAAAGAUAAAAAGACUUGUUUUGGUUGUAAUCGUGGUAUCAAUCACGAUGAGAUGCCCAUCAUCGAGGCCCACAUUGCUGAUUUGUUCCAAAAAUCUCAACCGGCCAAAUUACAAAGCUAUCGAGACGAUUUGGAGAGUUGGGAAGAACAACAACAGAAAUUCCUGGAGUUGAAACCCAGUCUUGCCCGCUUGGAACAAUUGCGAGAUGAAGAGAUCGCAAAGCAUGAAAAAUCUGGCAAACCUUCGUCGUGUAGCAAGCGAUAUUACCCGACUUGCAGCUGAACAAGCACAAUCCGAGAAAGAUGCGGAAGCGAUUGAACGUGAUCUUCGCAGUACCGGAUCUGUUCGAACAGGUGAUCAAGUGCAAGAGGAGAUUGACAGUUUGACAGACAAGAUCAAACGUGUGAAGCGAGAAUUGCAAACGUUGCAACAAGAGAAAGAGUCUCUUCGCGUGACAAUUUCUAAUCAAGAACGCACCGUGCACAAAGCAGAGAUGGCUGUAGCACAAAAGAUGCAAGAUCACGAAAAGAUGUUGGCACAAGAGACUCGAUUAGAAGAGUUGAAAACUGAAUCGAGCGAACAAGGCGAAAAAUUGAAGCGUAUCGAAGCAGAUAUCGAAAAAUCCAAUGAGCCGAUUCGUUCUAUGGGCG